AAUAACAAUAGUGAAACUCUUAUGAUAAUUAUUUAUUUAUAGUUAGUUAAUUAUUUAUUUAUAAUUUAACUACGCCAGCACGAAUAUGGAUGAAAUCUCACUUAUUCGACGCGUUUUUGCACGAAAUGAAAGAAUCUGGAAGAAAAAUGUGUCGCUCUGCCCCGCGAAGCAAGUUAUUAAUCGUCAGAGUUGACGAUUUGACAGGUUAAGAAACCUGUCAUACCGACGAAACUUUGCGAUAUGAGCACGCUUCGCGGUAUUAAAUCAUGAUAUUAAAUAAAUAUAAGUAUUAAAUCUUCGCCUUACUAAAAAAUGUGUGAUGAGUUUAUCUUAUACUAAAAUUGAAAUAGUGAAGAUUAGCAUAGAUCCCUACGCAAAGUAUGUCUGCUAAACAGAAACUAAUAUAAAAAAAUUUUCCGUUACUCGCACGUAUUUGGGACAACACGAACGGUAUUAUUCUUCCUUAAAAUGAAAUUCAGGGAACUGUUCAAGCAAUUCUGUAGAUUACGGCAUUCUUGGCUACAGACGUUGCCCGCAGGAGUACCAGGAAAAAUUGGUGCUAACACGAAACUGUGUAUACCAGAGCCUGAAUACAAUACAGAUUUCUUAUGCAAUUCCACGAAUCGUGAUACUGUUCUAAAUAAUAUAAAAAAGAGAAAGAGUUUCGGAGAUAUCGACAAAGUUCUCGAAUUGAUGGAUAAGUCUGAAAAGAGAGAAUUAUUCUCGAAGGAAUUGAGUAAAAUACCAAAUUGUACACAUCCCGCGGUACUUGAAUACGGCGACACGCCGAAGGUUCUAAAGGAAUGCGGUAAAAAGCCAGAAUUCGAUUUUGAACCUCGAGAAUUCUCGGAACUUGCCAAUCAUCUGAGAUUGAUAAGAACAGGAUUAGGACCUAUCGCCGGACAAAGAGCAUACAUGCUCUUGGGAGACUUGGCACAAUUGGAAGAAGCGUUAGUCCAUUACACAGUGAAGAAAUUGCUGCAGAAUGGAUUCGAAUUGCUAUCUGUUCCCGACAUCAUUCCCACUGAACUAAUCAAGAGGUGUGGGUUGUUAACAGAUGGCGGUCGUACCCUUGUAUAUAAUCUGGAUGCUCAUUACGGAGACGAUUAUAGCUUGUCCGGAACCGCGGAGAUGGCGUUAGCCGGUAGAAUGGCAAACAUCACGCUCUCCUGCAACGAAUUACCGGUGAAAUUAGCCGCUGUUAGUCGAUGCUACCGCGCGGAGAUCUCAACCAGUAUGGACCAAAGGGGAAUCUAUAGGGUCCAUCAAUUCACUAAAGUAGAGAUGUUUGUUUGUUGCGAAUCACACCAAUCCGAGGAAGCGUUCGAUGAUCUUCGAAAUGUGCAAGAAGAGCUGUUCUCGUCACUGGGACUGCAUUUCCGGGUAAUGGACAUGCCUCCAAACGACCUGGGUACACCUGCUUAUAGAAAGUCAGAUAUGGAGGGCUGGAUGCCUGGAAGAAAGAUGUACGGCGAAUUGUCCAGUUGCAGUAAUUGCACGGACUAUCAGUCGAGACGACUCAACAUCAAACAUAAGACCAAAGAUGGUGGCACGACUCAUGUGCACACGCUGAACGGGACCGCUUGUGCGAUACCUCGCAUGCUGAUCGCAUUAUGCGAAUCUUAUCAGACGAAGCAUGCGCGUAUCACCGUGCCGGAGAGCCUGGUGCCUCUGAUGAAAGGUAAAACGCUCAUCAGGAAGCAACCGGUCGCGACUAUGAGAACUUAUAAGUACAAACAAGAUUUAAGUGAAAAUGAUGUUUAAAUAUAAUAACAAUAAAUUACGACCAUCGUA